AUGACACCGAACACAGUGGUGUCAGGCUACACGGGGAGUAGCCCAGCUGCAUACAAGACAGCCAAGGAGUGGCAGGAGACUAACGAGCUGGCUCGGGCUCAAUUGGAGAAGGCAACUCGGAAGAUGAAGAAAUGGGCGGACAAGCAUAGGCGAGAUGUUGUGUUCCAACCAGGUGAUAUGGUCUUUGUGAAGCUCAACCCCUCUCAACACAAGUCCACUAGAAAGUUACACAAGGCGUUGUUGAGGAGAUAUGAGGGCCCAUUUCCUAUCAUCCGAUCAGUGGGAAGAGCUGCUUACCGUGUGGAACUACCACCCCGAUUGAAGAUUCAUCCGGUGUUCCACGUGAGCAAUCUCAAGCCCUACCAUGCCGACCCCGAGGAGCCAAGUCGUGGAGAGUCUCAACGAGCUCCACCUUUGAUGGUAACUUCAUUUGACAAGGAGGUUGAGUGCAUCAUGGCCAAGCGAGAGGUGCGACGCAAGGGUGUACCGAGGUACUUUGAGUACUUUGUCAAAUGGAAGGGCUUGCCAGAUUCCGAAGGCAACUGGGAGAAAGAAGAGUCUUUGUGGAAGUACAAAGACAUCAUCGAAGCAUUCGAACGAGAAGGAUCUACCUCGGCGACGAGGACGUCUCCGGAUUAG